GAAGCCGCGCUGUUGUUUACUGAUGACGUUGGGGCUGAAGCCGUGGAGCGAUUUGGCUAACAUUGGUUGACAGGAUGAUAAUGUUAUAAUAAACAUCGAAUUCACGGUAUAGCAACAGGAGACACGCGGCAAGGACAAGAUGUUGGAGUCCUAUGUUACACCACUCCUGAUGAGCUAUGUGAACAAGUAUAUUAAGAAUCUAAAGCCAUCUGACCUGCAGCUGUCUCUCUGGGGUGGAGAUGUGGUGCUCAGCAAGUUGGACCUGAAGCUGGAUGUGCUGGAACAGGAGUUGAAGUUGCCCUUUACAUUCAUGAGUGGUCAUAUCCAUGAGCUGCGUAUCCACGUACCGUGGACCAAGCUGGGCUCGGAGCCUGUGGUCAUUACCAUCAACACCAUGGAGUGCAUCCUGAAGCUGAGAGAUGGAGCUCAGGAGGACCACGAGAGUGGCUCGAGCUCCACCAGUCGCAGUGUCUCAGACAGCUCCAAGGCUGUGGCCAAGCCCCGCCGCCUCCAGCAGGCUGCCCCCAGUGACCCGGAUCUGCCCCCAGGUUACGUGCAGAGCCUGAUCAGACGUGUUGUGAAUAACGUGAAUAUUGUGGUGAACAACCUGAUCCUUAAGUACGUGGAGGAUGACAUUGUGCUGUCGGUAAACAUUACCUCAGCAGAGUGCUACACUGUGGACGACAUAUGGGAGAGGGCCUUCAUGGACAUUACUGCUCCAGAGCUGGUCUUAAGGAAAGUGAUCAACUUUGCUGACUGUACCAUGUGUUUGGACAAGCGGAAUGCUAGCGGCAAGAUCGACUUUUACCAGGACCCGCUGCUGUACAAAUGCUCCUUCAGAACCCGUCUUCAUUUUACCUACGAAAACAUCAAUUCCAAGAUCCCCUCCGUCAUCAAAAUCCACACAAUGGUUGAGAGCUUGAAACUAUCCAUUACUGAUCAGCAGUUGCCCAUGUUUAUCCGCAUUUUGGAGCUGAUAAUUGCCCUCUACUACGGGGAAAUUGGAGGACACAAAGAAGGGGAAGGAGAAGAGGGAAAUGCUCAUGUCAGAGAGGCUGGCACAAUUUUACCGGGGAUGGAGGAGGAUAUGGAUGGACAGGGGACUAGCCAGUUCUCCAGCCCAGAUCUGUACAUGCAGUCUGGUUGUCCUGAAGAUGGAGACGUUGGUUGGGUGUCCUGGGCUUGGUCUUUUGUCCCAGCCAUCGUAGGCACAGAGGAGGAAAUGGAAGAAGGCCUCUACCAGCAAAGCGAGACAGAAGGCAUCUCCAACAAUCCACAGCAACGCACACCCAAAGACCCCAUUGUGUCCAUAGGCUUCUACUGCACCAAAGCUUCUGUCACCUUUAAGCUGACAGAGACCCAGUCAGAGAGCAGCUACUAUAGCCCUCAGAAGGUCAAGUCCAGAGAGGUGCUGUGUCUGGAACAGGAGGGAAUCACUAUUGAGGUGCUGAUGAUGGGGGAGCCCUUCUUUGAUUGCCAAAUAGGCUUUGUGGGGUGCCGGGCACUCUGCCUGAAAGGCAUCAUGGGAAUACGAGAUUUUGAAGAAAACAUGAACCGACUUCAAGAGGUAACAACUGCUGAAGAACUUCAAGGAAAAACAAACUUGAGUGAGAAAGAUAAAGCAAGAAAAUGUAAACACCAAGAUGAGAGAUCACUUUCACCUGAACCAUGUUUCUGCAGCCUCCAUCGCUCCGAGAGCGUUCAUACGAAGGCAGAGGAUGCCGUGUUCUUCAGCUGUGGGGACAGCCUAAGCAGUAAAGGAAUGACCUACCUUACCAACUCCCUGUUUGACUACCGCAGUCCUGAGAACAACGGUGUCAGGGCUGAGUUCAUCCUGGAGACUGCUAAUCACAAGGAGACCUAUACGGAGAUAGCAGGCAUGCAGCGCUUUGGUGCUUUCUACAUGGAUUACCUCUACACAAUAGAGAACAGCAGCAGCAAAGAGUCUCAGGACUUCUCUGUGGUGAGUUUGGAGGAAGUAGUACCCGCCAAUCGAGAGACAUCCAUCAAGAGGCUGGUGGUGGGACCUUUGGAUGUACGACUGCACAGCAGUGCCGUCCACCGCAUCCUCAAGAUGGUCACCUGUGCCAUGGAGCACGAGUAUGAACCCUACUGCAAACCACAGCCAGAAGUGGUUGAAGAGAGCCGCGGUGCAGCUACAUUAGAAGACAUAUCAAGCUUAGAGGAAUUCAUCCCAACUAGACACACAUGUCUGACUCUCCUCUCAGUCUCAGUGACGGUCUCCAUGUCAGAGUUCAACCUCCUUCACACACUCAUGCCUGUGAUCAUGGGAUGCAAGGUUGCACCGGUGCUAGUUAACGUUCCAGUGUUUCAGCCCAUGCGCCCUCUACCUGCUGUACAGUUCCAGGUGGAAAGGGUGAAUGUUGAACACACGGUGCCCAUGUAUGCUCCAGAGCUGGUCCGCACAGUGAGCAGCCUCAGCCAGCCUUCCGACAACCUGCUGCAUCAUUGCUAUGCACACCUCUACCUCAAGGUGUUUGGGUUCCAGGCAGGCUUGACAUGCCAGGACAGUACGGGGGGUUUCCUGCCUCUCAUCCCCAUCAUCCCUUCCUUCAGCACUGCUCUCUAUGGGAAGCUGAUCCAGCCUGCACACUGGUGCAAAAGAUCUUCAGUCCCAACCACAGAGUGUAUUUUUGAGCUUCCCCACUUCACUGUCCAGGCAACAAGGGCCCAGACGCUUCUGCUCCAAGCCAUCUGUCAGAGCUGGACCCACAGCAUGGUCAACGGAGCGCCAGUGACCCUCAGCGAAAGCCUGCUCCGUGAGGUGUACAUAGGUCCAGGUGUGAAGUCUCCAGGCCGAUCACCGACUCUUGAAGGCUCGGUCCAAAACCUGGAGCUGAAGUUCUGCAGUCGUGCGACGGUGAAAUGCGCCUCGGGAACCGUGGGAGCUGUAAAAGUGUGCGCCAGGACCCCAGGUUCAGGAGAGGGGGUUAACGAAAAGCUGGUUCCUCUGGUUCAGGGCCCGUCCGACACCAAAGAACUCCACAUGAGCCGCUGGUUGAAUGAGAUUCGCAAGCCUGAAUCUUUGCUGGCUCCUGACCUUCUGGUGUUUUCUGUCCAAGUCCCAGAGCAAGGAGGCGAUUGCAGGAACUCAGGUGCAGUCCUGCUGGUCAGUGUCCAGGGCAUAUCUGUAAAUGUGGACCCGGUUUUCUGCACAUGGAUGUUGUACCAGCUUCCGAGAGGGAGCAGCCGGCAGCAGGCUCCAGGUUCAGUUCUUCUGGCAAAGAGGAGAGAGGAUGAGGUGUCGGUGGGGAGUGCACCCCCCCCAAAACUACCCUCCAACCAGGCCUCUGACUAUGCCAGCAGCCCUCUCAAAACUAAAACAGUGACAGAAUCACGUCCUAUGUCCAUCCCAAUGAGAGUGAUGCCCGAUACCACAGCAGGGGAGUCAUGGACGACCUCAGAGGAGAGGAUGAAGGAGCUCAUCGCCCAGGCCUGGGAUGCUGUGAAACGCCUUACUCUGCAGUUGGAGCUGCAGUCAUGCUGUGUGUUCCUGCCUACGGACAGCCUGCCUUCCCCGAGCACCAUCAUCUGCGGGGACAUUCCCAGCACCGUCCGCAGCUGGUACCACAGCCAGUCCUCCAUGCCCGGGACCCUGGUGGUCUGCCUGCCACAGAUCAGUGUGCUCAGUGCCGGGCACAAGUACAUGGAGCCGCUGCAGGAGCUCCCCUUUGUGGUCGCCAAGCCCGUCUUGGAGGAAGGUGAUGCCUUCCCUUGGACGGUUAGCCUGAGUCAGUUCAGUGUGUACACGUUGCUGGGCCAGCAGCGGAGCGUGAGCCUGUUGGAGCCAAUGGGCUGUACCUCCACACUCGCUGUCACAUCCCAUAAGCUGCAUAGCUAUUCGGAAGGCAGACACUCCUUUAUAGUCUGUCUCCAUGUUGAUCUCCAACCCGUCCUUGUCAAGUGCUGUAACCCUCAGGUUCAGCUAUUGUACGAGCUCCUCCUCAGCUGGAACUCCACAUGGGCUCGCCUCCAGAAACAAGGCAUCCUGCGGCAGGCAUCGAGUGUCCUAGAACCCCCUGCUGGUGCUGUUCCUUCUUCCCCCGUGCGCAGCAGUGCUGGCACCGCCCUGCCAGACACCAGCACCUGCAGCCCGUCUGCAGACUUUGGCUCUCCCACUGAGGGUGACUCGGUGCCGGCCGGAGACGAUGGUCCGUUUGCCGACACCGUGACUCUAGAGCAGAAAACCAGCAGCAUCGGUGGCACCAGUGGGAAGGUCAGCCUGUGGAUGCAGUGGAUGCUACCGAAGGUCACAGUUAAACUGUUUGCUCCCGACCCAGCUGACAAAAAGACAGAAAUAUGUGUCAUCAGUGAACUUGAAGACCUGAGUGCCUCAGUCGAUGUCCAAGAUGUUUAUACAAAGAUCAAAUGUAAGGUUGGCAGCUUCAACAUCGACCACCACAGAUGCAGUACGGAGGAGGGAGUGCAGAGCUCGGGUGGCAGUGGAGGAGUGCUCCUCUCUUGCACUGACAAGCUGAACAGACGCACUGUGUUGGUUCGACCCGUCAGCAAGCAAGAAUCUUUCAGCCACUUCUCUGGCUUUUUCCCUCCUACUGCAGCCAAGGUCCUGGAGGUGUCUCACCAGCAGCACGGCUUCCUGUCCAUCACCUACACCCAGGCUGUCACCAAAAAUGUCCGUCACAAACUCACAACCCGGCCGGAGCGCCCCCAACGCAGCGGGGCUACGACCAGCAGUCAGCGGCUGAACUCUGACCCCCUGGCAGAUAGCUCCCCCCAGUACCUGAGAGAGAUCCUGCUGACAGCCCAGCCCUUUGACGUGGUGCUGUCCUGUCCCUUGCUGGCUACUGUAGCGGGGGUGUUCCAGGCUACGGUGCCAAGAUGCUACAGAGAGCGUGGAAAGUCAGCUGGUCAGCCAAUGAGAAUCCACACUCUGACCUCUCGGAGUUUGCCUCUGAUGUACAUCAACACCAGCGUGAUCAGGGUCUUCUGUCCCAGGGAAAAAUACUCAGCACCAGAUCCUCAGAUGAAAAAAGAGGACACCCUGGUCUUGAAGCUGGGCUCCCUCAGCAUGGCUCCCCAGGCGGAUAACCCCCUGACCCGCACAGUGCUGCGGAAAGACAUCUACCAACAUGCGCUGCACCUCGGCAUCCUGCGUGACCCAGGUUCAGAGGUGGAGGACCGGCAGUAUCAGGUCGACCUUCAGUCCAUCAACAUUGGAACGGCUCACUGGGAGCAAUUGAAGCCGGAGAAGGAGGGAACCAAAGGAGGCGUGUCCGUAGAGAGUGAGAGGAGCUCCCAGAACCCAGCGCUGGAGUGGAACAUGGCCAGCAGUAUCAGGAGGCACCAUGAGAGGCGGGCCAUUCUGACACCGAUCCUGACGGACUUCUCUGUCCGGGUGACCGCUGCCCCCGCCAUCAUCUUCAGCAAGAAUAUUUCCCCUGAAUGCGGUCAGGCAGAGGAGGUGGUGGUGUGUGGCCACUCUCUGGAGGUAAACGUGACCAGCAGUCUGGAUUUCUACCUCAGCGUGGCCCAGGUGCAGCUCCUCCAGCAGCUCCUCACAGAGAACAUAGUGGGGAUGGACACUUCUGAAAAAAGUGCUGAGGUGCGUGGUUACGAGCAGAAGCAUGGCAGUCGGGACCCAGCAGCAGGUGUUGACCCUUCAUCCCGUCACAGCGGGACAGGGAAGGACAGCGGCUUCGGCAGUGACAGCGCUCGCAUCCGCAUCGUGCAGAUCGAGCAGCAGAGCGGGGCGAGCCAUCACUGCAUCGCCCGCCCCUCACACAAGUCCACCAUCACCAAGAACCUCAGCUUCAUCCCCUUCGACAUCUUUCUCACAGCGAGUAGACUUUCUGUCAUGACCUACGCAUGCUCCAGUCCCCCGAAGGCCCACCCCUCAUCGUCUGACAUCCCCGGCACCCCCGAGAAGAAUGAGCCUGGGGAUAAGGUGGGAAAAAAUGCCCUGGACCAGCCUGAAAUCCUGCAUGAAUCUCCUCGUGCCUCGACCCCCCCCACACAAGACCCCGCUACAGUUGUCCAGGGUUCCCUUGCUGGCCUCACUGCUGAGGACAUCAUCAACAGCAACAACUCCCAGCCGCCCUCCCCGCUACUGAAAGGCAGUCUGCUGUCCCAGGGGGGCCUGCCGACACCCAGCCGCUCCUCCGCACGUCAAGCACUGGGGGUUACCAUCGUGAGGCAGCCGGGAAGAAGAGGGGCAGGGGACCAGGUUUUGGAGCCCCUCCUUUAUAUCCAGGUGAUCCAGCCCUCUGCUCUGCUCAGCUGCCACCACCGCAAGCAGAGGAUGGAGCUGUCAGUGUUUGACGUGGCCUUAAGAGGCGUCACCUCCGACUACAAGUGUUUGGACCCAGGAAAGACCCUGCCAGAGUCUUUGGACUACAAUGUGUUUUGGCUGCAGACAGUAGCAGGAUUGGUAGACAGCAAAACGGGCAUCCCCCCCCCUCUGCUCUGCCUCCAGAUCAAAGAUUUCCUCAAUGGACCUGCUGAGCUGAAUGUGGAGCUAGCUCGCCCUCUGAAAAUCAAUCCCACACUGGCUAAGCUAGAGCAGGCUAAAGCAUACCUGAUGAAAGUCCUGCCAAACUACACCUGGGGAACCUCCAGUAAACCUCCGUCUGCUUCCUCCAGCCCCUAUUCCUCCCCUGCCAAGGCUCUGCCCAGGGCCCUCCCUGCUCACUCAGAGGCCUCCGCUCUGGGGAAUGACAGUGUCAGGACUCUGGCGCUGUCCUUCCACAAGGUCUCUCUCCACACUGCCCAGAUUGUGGUAGUCAUGGAGACAGAGGCCCAUCCAAUGAGGCCAAGUGUGACUGCAACAGUGUCUGCCAUGACAGGAAAUCUGAACAUGAAGUCAGGGCCAAGGAUCGAAGAUGCAGUUCAGGCAGCCUCUAUGCAGCUGCAGCUGACAGACCUGCUGGUGAGGACAGGACUGAAGCAGCGGGGCCGGGUCCUGCUGGGGCCCUUCUCCUGCAGCAGCUCUCUGGAGGCUCGCUGGUGUCGGCACAGCGGCAGUCCCGGACCGGAGCCUGGCCCCCCUAAACUGCUGCUGGACCUAAAGGGAGGCCUUCUGCAGGUCUUCUGGGGUCAGGAACAUCUGAGCUGCCUGAAGAUGGUGGAGGAGCACCUGCUGGCCUAUCUAAACCUCCAGAAAGUUACAGAAUCAGCUGAUAGCUGCUCCAAGGGCAAGGCUUGCCACAUCCAGCCCCCUCCCUCCCCUAGUGCUCCCUCUCCGAGGAGAGAGCACAGCUCAGAUGACCUGCGUACAGGACAUUUUCAGUACAUGCAGAACUCAGCCUCCCAGACACUGCCUGGCCCCCAUGAGGUGGUGUUCAACAGCGAGACUGAGGAGAGUCCGGGGGUGAUGCUGUGGCGGUACCCUGAGCCCCGCGUCCUCACCUUCAUCAGGAUCACUCCUAUCCCUUUCAACACCACUGAGGACCCAGAGAUCAGCACUGCAGACCUGGGGGACGCCCUACAGGUACCAUGCAGCCUAGAAUUCUGGGACGAGCUCCAGCAGGCCUUUGUUCCGUACCGGGAGUUCAGCCUCUCAGAGAGCCAGGCCUGCCAGCUGCAGCUGCCCAGCCUCAGCCUGACGGAGCAGCAGAAGGAGCUGGUGGCCUCAGACCUGUGGAGGAUAGUGCUCAACAGUAAUGGAGAGGGAGGAGAUGAGCAGAGUCUGGACAGUGAGAGCGGCUCCCAGAUGCCCUGCGAUCAGUUGGUUUCUCCCAUUGCCUUGGCAGCCUGCACCCGUGUGGACUCCUGCUUUGCACCCUGGUUUGUCCCAUCCCUGGGUGUGUCCCUUCAACUAGCACAGCUGGACGUUCACUUCUGCCACCAUCUGGAACAGCUGGGCACAGUUCCAUCCCGACAACUUCGUCCCUUCCUGCCAGACAGGAAGUUACCUCAGGAGCAAGAGUUCAUGGUGACUGGUGCUCGGGAGCCACGGGUUUUCCUCCGCCAGUGGAGCAACGGACCACGUCACUGUCAGGAGUUCAGCUUCUCCAGCCAGCUAGACUGCAAGCUGCUGGAGUACAGAAACCUCACACACCUUCAGCUCCUCCAGCCGGUUGUCCUACAGGGCCAGGCUGCCGCCAAAUACUGCCCACAGGACACCACACUGGAUGUGAAUGUUUUUGUGGAUCCGGUGUUCCUCAAUAUCAGCCAGUAUGCCAUCCACACUGUGGACACCGCCCUGCAGAGCUGGCAACAGAAAGGGAACCCACAGGCUGAGGAGCUGGUGUACAGUCACUAUGUGAUCUGUAACGACACCCACGAGACGCUCCGCUUCGGCCAGGUGGACACGGAUGAGAAUGUGCUGCUGGCCAGCCUCCACAGCCACCAGUACAGCUGGAGAUCCCACAAGUCCCCUCAGCUGCUGCACAUCUGCAUCGAAGGCUGGGGGAACUGGCGCUGGUCAGAGGCCUUCAGUGUGGACAAUGUGGGGACUCUGCUGAGGACCAUUCAGUACAAAGGACGCACAGCUUCGCUCAUCAUCAAGGUGAUGCAGCUCAACGGAGUCCAGAAACAGGUGAUAAUCUGUGGGCGGCAGGUGAUGUGCAGCUACCUGACUCAGCACAUCGAGCUGCGGGUGGUGCAGCACUACGUGGGGCCUGACGGGCAGACGGUGGUCCGGGAACACUAUGAUUGUCUGGAGGCUGGGGCCAAGUUGCCAUCAUAUGUGCUGGAGGAUGCUGAGAUGACGGAGCUUUGUGUGAGGGCCAGAGGAGAUGAAGACUGGUCCCAGGAUGUGCAGCUGGAGAGGAGGAACAGGGAGCCCAGCAGCUCUGUUGUACAGGUGCCUUGCUCCAGUGGAUCUUUGCUCUAUGUUUGGUGCACUCUUUUCACAAUUGAAGCUGACACUCACAUGCAGCAGAGAGUGGUGGUCUUCAGUCCACUGUUUGUGAUGAGGAGCCACCUGCCAGAUCCAGUGAUCCUGCACGUAGAGAAGAGGAGUCUAGGACUGAGAGAGAGCCAGCUGAUCCAGGGCCAGGGCCACCAGGAGCCUCUGCUGAACACCGAGGCCGACCUCACACACCACCUCACCUUCCAGGACAGGCAUGAUGAGGAUGCUUCCCACUGUGCCGUACCAAUCUCCACUAGCCUGAUCAAACAGAUAGUGCACAAGAAUGGAAACGACGACAACCUUGAGCACAUCCUGGCUGACUUCUAUGGUCAGAAGGCCUCCACUGGGCCACCAUGGCCCUAUGUAGCCCAGGACACUGACAGGUCGGUGCAGGAGCCCCUCGCCCAGUGGGACAGUCCCAUGCAGGUGAAGUUAUCCUGCUGGAAGUCGGGUCUCAACACUCUACUGGUAGAGCUGUUGCCCUGGGCCCUGCUGGCCAACCACUCCAAAUGGGACCUGUGGCUGUUUGAGGGAGAGACCAUCGUCCUGCAGAUACCAGCCGGAAAGAUCAUUGUACCCCCAAACUUUAAGGAAGCCUUCCAGAUCGGUAUCUACUGGGCCCAUACUAACACUGUCCACAAGUCCACAGCUCUCAAACUGGUGCAUGACCUGACUUCUCCUCGGUGGAAGGAGGGGUCAGGCUCAGAGGUGGUCACUCUUGAUGAAGAGGGUUAUGUAGAGGCUGAAAUCACACUGGGGGCCUUCCCUGGCAGACAGAAGCUGUGUCAGUUUUGUGUGUCGUCUUUGGUGAGGCAUGGUAUUCAGAUUCUACAGAUAGAAGACAGGACAAUCCUCGUCAACAACACCCCUCACACCAUCCAGUACAGGCCGCUGCUGACCCACCAUGCCCUGGGAACUGAUGACCAGGCCUGCAAGAUCCCAGAGACAGCCUUGUUCAGCCUGGCCCCUUCUGAAGAGGGGUCCAGACCCUGCUCUGUGCUGUGCUGGGACCUCCUGCAGACCAGCAUCCCGGGAGCGCUGGAGUUCCCUCUGCCGCUGAGAUACAUGCUCCUCAGCCUGCUUCCCCAGCCCGACACUGGAGUUGGAUCAGCAGGAUGGAGCCUCCCUGCUCCUAUCCGAUCAGACUUCCCCAGGCAGAGUGUGUCUGUUCCUGGGGAAGCAGAGUCUGGGGGGGGCCUGAGCAGUAGAAGCAUAGUACUUACACAUCAGGAACACCUUGGGGUGACAUACGUCAUCCUGAAUGAGGACCCCUGUCCACGGAUGCUGAUCCACAACAAGUGUCCUAUCCCGCUGUUGCUGAAGGAAACCGUCAAAGAAACUCCAAGGGCUGAGGUGUACUGCCGUCCUCUGCCUGCUAACUGCUCCCUGCACCAUGAGCUCUACCACCAUUUCUCCAGUUUUCCUGAGUGCAGACAGAAGGAGAUGCUGCCCACACUGCUGUUAAAAACCACAUCAGACCACAGCUCCACUGACUGGACUGACCCCAUAGACAUCAACUGCCCCGAGACUCAGGUGGUGUUCCUGCCAGGCUUCGGCUGUCUCUACAUUGAAGUGCUGUAUGAGAAAGGCACCCUGGUUCUGUGUCUUGCACCAGAGGGCAGCAUGGACGCUGUGAUCCACCAGCACAGCAGGUCACUGAAACCGUCCUGCAAAGUGCUCCUUGGUGAGGCCAGUGUGGUGUUAAGUGAUGACAUCACCAAUCCAUCUGGAUCUGUGGAGCUGCUUAGACUAACAUUGACCAAGCUGCUCCUCAGCCUGACUCCAGCCACCCCCUCCCUGCCCCAGGACCUGACCUUUGACCCUGACCUGGGUGCAGCACACAUCUCCACUCUGUUGCCCCACGCCUCACUGAUCGAGGUCUACUGCUCCAACCUGCAAGUGGACAACCAGCUGUACAACAGAGCCAGCUUCCACUUCCCUGUGCUACUGUGCCAUGAUCAGAGAGGCACUGCUGAGCCUGGGGGGGGGGCCUGGAGCAGCGAUGCCAACCUCGCUGAGUCUCCUGAAGUCAUGGAGGAGUUCAAACACUCCUGCUUCCUGCAGCUGAGGAUGACGCUGGCAGGGGACCGGUGCAACGCGGAGGAGAUCUCCUUCCAGCUCCAACCUGCCCGAGUCUACCUGGAAGACACCUUUGUUUACUACAUUAAAACCCUGUUCCACACCUACAUCCCUGAUAGUGCCAUGGCCUCGGCCCCAGCAGCGCCGCAGAGGGGGCCACAGUGUGGCUCAGCCCCCAUCCUCCCUGAACAGGUGCUGCAGUCGGUGCAGGCGCUGGUGCACCCUGUGCGGCUGCAGAGGCUGAGCAUCCAGCCGGUCAACCUGCUGGUCAGCAUCCAUGCCUCCCUCAAGUUGUACAUCGCUUCAGACCACACUCCUCUCUCCUUCUCCCUGUUUGAGAGAGGCCCUCUGUUCACCACAGCCAGACAGCUGGUGCACGCUCUGGCCAUGCACUACGCUGCGGGGGCCCUCUUCAGAGCCGGUUGGGUGGUGGGCUCUCUGGAGAUUCUGGGCAGUCCUGCAAGCCUGGUGCGCAGCAUCGGUAACGGAGUGUCGGACUUCUUCCGGCUGCCAUACGAGGGGCUGACCCGCGGGCCUGGAGCCUUUGUCAGCGGAGUGUCCAGAGGGACCACGUCUUUUGUCAAACAUAUCUCAAAAGGCACGCUGACAUCCAUCACCAACUUAGCCACGAGCCUGGCCCGGAACAUGGACCGCCUCUCUCUCGAUGAAGAGCACUACACCCGGCAGGAGGAGUGGAGGCGCCAGCUGCCAGAGAGUCUCGGGGACGGACUGAGGCAGGGACUGUCACGACUCGGCAUUAGCUUGUUAGGAGCGAUUGCAGGCAUCGUGGACCAGCCCAUGCAGAACUUCCAGAGGAACUGGGAGACGCAGAGCUCAGCAGGAAGUCAUGCCAAAGGGGUGAUCUCUGGAGUGGGGAAAGGCAUUGUGGGUGUUUUCACCAAGCCCAUCGGAGGAGCAGCUGAACUGGUGUCCCAGACAGGUUAUGGGAUCCUUCACGGAGCAGGACUGUGGCAGCUUCCUAAACAGCUGUACCUGCCUACAGAGGAGAAGUCUUGUCGGGCCCCUAACAGCCACCUUAAAUAUGUCUGGAAGAUGCUCCAGUCUCUGGGACGGCCGGAGCUCCACAUGGCUCUGGAGGUGACCCUGGUGAGCGGCUCAGGUCAGGAGCAUGCUGGCUGUCUGCUCCUCACUUCGGAGGUGCUGUUUGUGGUCAGUCUCAGUGAGGACACCCAGCAGCAGGCCUUCCCCAUCACAGAGGUGGAGUGCCAGCAGGAGCCGGGGGGCCAGCUCAGCCUCACCUUACAGCAGCAGACAGUAGCCAGUGACACAGAGGGUGACGGCGUGCGUGAGCGCCUGACGGAGCAGCAGUAUCGCCGCUUGGUGGAUUACGUCCUGCGAUCCUCUCACUUCCUGUCCCCCUCUGCAGCCUCUCUGCAGCUGCAACUCCCAGUGACGCUGGCAGAGCCCCCACCCUCCGUCACCAAGUCAUACCACUACCUGGUGGAUCCUGCCUUUGCCAAGGUGUUUGUCAGCAAGUUCACGAUGGUGAAGAACAAAGCCUUACACAUCGGAUUCCACUAACACACAUUAACACACAGCUGUGGACUUCUGGCACCAAAAUAAACCUGACCUUUUUGUUCCAAAUCAAGCCUUAAAAUACACCGAGCUGUGUAUCUGAAAAUAUAACUACACAUUUAUGCAAAACAGUUGUUAAUUAAAAAGAAUAUAUAUUAUUCAACUAAGUCCACUUGGUUAUUUAUACCUUAGUUAAGCAGUGUGUUUUGGAAAAUAUUGAAAAACCCCAGAGAAAAUCAGAAGGAUUAAAAACUGUUUUAAUCUUAGAAAUACAUUAAAGUUAAUACAUUUCUUAAACUGGGACAUUUGAAUGAGUUCAUACUACAGUAUAGUGAACACAUUGCGUCCGUCUGUAGAUGCACAGAGUAGUUUGCGAGGUUCCGCUCUGCAGGAAGAGUGUAGUCCCUGUCUCAUGCCUCGUUAAGUGCAAUAUUACAGAAAUGUUGAUGUUAGAGAUCCCAGCUGUCAACCAAAAUGUUUAAUAGAUGAUAUAAUAUAUUUGUUUGACAAUAACACUGUUCUUUGUAACCUUACGUGGAUGCCAGCUCUUCAUGCUGCACAUGUACUUGUUGCCUUUUAUAAUGCUGUUCCUCUGAGUGAGGAUUAUGUCUAAUGCCUUUUAUGUAUGUACAUGGAUAAUAUAUGAAUAGAAAAUCAUUUUAAUAAAAAACAUUUCAAUAA